AUGAAAAGAUUCAACGAUGAUGCAGAUAAAAAUUCAUUGCCCCUAACAAAUAAUAACAAUAAUAACAAUAAUAACAAUAAUAAAAAAAUUAAAGUAAAUGAAGGAUAUAGCAGUAUUCAAAAUAUUAAUCAAUAUACUUUACAAAAUAGAUCAUUAUUAUCAGUAUCAGCAUCAACAUCAACAUUUCUAAAUAAUUCUAUGAUGAAUUCUACUGCAACAUCAAAUAUUUCAUCAAUAUCAAAUAUAUCAUUGACCACACAAACAAAACCAGGGAUUUCUAAAGAGUUUUAUCUUGAAGAGAUAAGAAGAUUUUUAAUUUGCCACCAACAAGGCCUUUUUGAUAACAUUAAUAAUAGUUUAAUUUCAGUCAAGACAGACCAAUCGACGAUAGCACCGAAUGAUAAGUUUCAAAAUAUAUCACCUAUAUUAGAGCCAGAUGUGUUGAAUUUAACAACUCCAAUUACACCCAUCCACCCAAUCAAUAAGAGCCAUGGUACUCCAAAAAAAUCCAAAUCAAAAACAAAAUCACAUUCGCCGUCCAAAAAUAAAUCAAAUAUAUCAACAACAUCAACAACAUUUAAAGAAAACUCUACAUUAGAAACAUUUCCAUUUUCAGCUGGAGCAAAAAUAUGGCUGCUUCAUAUUUCAAAUUCAAUGUAUUUAGCAUUAGAGUCUAUUGUACCAAAAAAAGAUAUACAUAGAAUUAUUUAUAAUUUAUUAGGUUUUGUUCUAGAUAAUAAUUUAUUUUUAAACAACAAUAAUAACAAUAAUAACAAUAAUAAUAGAAAUAGAAAUAAUAAUUCAAAUAAUAUAAAAGAAAGAUUACCAAUAAGCUCAAGAUUAUUAACUAUAUCAGAUAUUUUAAAUAGAAAUAGAAAUUUAUCAUCAAAAAGCUCAGUUUCUGAAAAUCAAAUUUUAAGAAUCUUGGUUGGAAAGGUUUCAUCAAUUCAAUCUAAUCAAGUUAGUGAUCGUCAUAUAUUAACUCUACAAGAUAGUACUGGUGAAAUAGUAGUGGAAAUUACACAAACUCAGUUUUAUCUAUUAGACAGUAUAGCAUUCAUACCGUUUUUUAAUUUAAUUUGCAUUUCUCCAUCAUCAAAAAAAGAAACACCAUCUCUAUUAUCAAUGUCAAUGUCAAGGCAAUCAAGACUAUCACUAUUAGAUAUAAAUAAUGUUGGUAAUAAUACAGUCAGAAUUGAUAUUUCAAAAUCAAAUUACAUUGAAGUUGACAACAUUUAUAUCAUUUAUAGAAAUUUUGAUCAUUAUUACGAGGAGAUGAUUAGAAAAUUUAAAGUUUCCCUACUCCAACAAUCCCAAUUUAUUUCACCUGCAGAGUUAUCAUCAACACGUAAUCAGAAAUUAGAAAUGUAUAUUAUUGAUCAAAACCAACCAUAUCAGUCUAUUAGGAGCUUAAAUCAAUUACAAGACCAGGUUUUACAAUCUAUUAAUGUUUAUGGCACAGUUUUAUCAAAAUCAGCGAUACCACAUACCCAGGCUACAACAAAUAAAGAAAAUGAAGUCCAUACAUUAUUUUUUAUUCAAAUUAUAGAUAUAGCUUCUACAAAUGAACAAGAGAAAAGGAAAUCUAAAAUUUUUUUAUUAUUUUCGGGUGACUCAUUAAAAUAUUUUAAUCUAUUUCAUAUUGGUAAUAGUUAUUUAUUUUGCAACGUUGGUUUUCAAAGUUCAUUGGAAAAUACAGAAACUAAACAAAAUGUUAUAAUUAUAAAUAAUUCAACAAAAAUAUACCAAAUUUUAGAACAGUCAUUUUUUUAUUUAGAAUCAAUAGUAAAUAAUAAUAAAUUAAUUGAAAGUAAUAAUAAUAAUAGUAAUAAUAGUAAUAGUAAUAAUAAUAUUAAUAAUAAUAAUAUUAAUAGUCAAUAUAAAAAACAACUACAAUUUUCUCAACCUAACAACAAACCUAUACUUGAAUAUCUAAAUUAUAAUUUAAACUAUUUAAACGAAAAGUUACCAAGUUUUAUAAAUUGUUUGGUAGAAAUAACUCAAGAAUUAAAUUCACACUUUGGUACUAUUGGUAUUGAUAGAGAUGGUAUUUUAUUUUUAUCACACUAUCGUUCACACUUAUUCCAUGCAAGAGGCUUUAGAAUUGGUACUAAAAUUGCACUUUUUAAUGUUCAUCCUAUAUACCAUGGUUCAAGAUUACUUGGUGUUGCAAUGUGCCAAUCAAGUAGUUUCAAAUUUACAAAGUUCGAUAAUACUCGUUUAUUCAAUCAUAUUCCGUUUUCAAAAUCUACUUUGUUGGGCGAAAAUCAAAGCUUUUCAGAUUUAUGGAAAAAAUAUUCGAUUGUAAAUUGUUUUGCUUUGUCUAAACUUUUAUUAAAACUGCAAAAUAAUUUUCCAGAUGUUUUUGGUUCAUUAGAACAAUUUAAAACAAUGUUUCUAAAUAAACCAAUUUAUGAAAAUAUUGCAAAUUUAUUUGGUAUACCAAAAUUAAAUAAUGAAGGCAGUUUAAAAAAAUAUGACCAUAUUUUAUCGCACAGUGACGGCAAGUGUGAUUCUUAUGUUGAAGAUACAGUUCAAAAUUUUAAACUUUUAAAUCUCUCGAAAUUAUCAACAUUAAAAUCAAAUAAAUCACCCAUUGUAUUCAAUAAUUCAAAGGAUUAUCACUUGGUUGGUCUAUUAGAGGUAUCACCACGAGGUUUUGAAUGGGGUAAAGUUUCAUUAAAAAUCGAUUCAAAUACAUCAGUAGAUUGUUUUGUUCAAGAUAUUAACGAGUAUCAUUUAAAUAAAAUUUGGAAAAUUAACAAGUUUUUAAUUAAAUUUGAAGAUUAUCAAGAAAAUAAACAAAUAAAAUCAAUCAAUUAUAUUCAGUUUUCGAUGGAUGAUUGCGAUCUAUUAUCACCAAUGCUUAAUAAAACACUAUUCUACAACAAUUUACCAUUCCAACUAUUAUUUGAUCAAUUCCAAGUUAAUAUUUCAAAAGUUUUAGAUAUUCAAGAUCAAACAAUUACCAAUCACCAACUAUCAGAACAACAACAAAAAGAACAAAAACAAUUAUUAAAUCAAACUUUAAAUCUAUUUAUAUUAUUAUUAGAAAAAACUGUCGAGGCUGGUUUAAUUACCUUAACUGCAGUUUUACUAAUACCUUCAUUACCAAAAGUUUUAAUUUAUACAGCAUCAUCAUUAAAAAUUAAUUUUCCAAUACUUCAAAAAGGUAGUUGUUAUUACUUAAGCGGGGUUUUAUUUAAACCAAUAACAAAUAAUAAUAAAGCAUCACCAUCACCAUCAGCAAUACCAAAUAAUAGCUUACAGUCAGAUAUUUAUAGCUUUAGUUUAAGUGCAAGUUCAAUUUUAAAAAGUGUUGCAUUGAUAUAUUAUAUAGAUAAAAGUGGUUUUGUUGUUUUGCCAUCUACUUUAAAAUCAAGAAAGUUUUCACAAUAUACUAUACCACAAAUUUUAAUAAGGGAUAAAAGUUUUUUUAGAAAAACAGCAAAAUAUAUUUCAAAUAUAAACUCCAAUAGUUUUGUCAAAUUUAAAUCAAUUGAAGAAAUAUAUAAUGGUGAUAAUGUUACACAGAAUGAUUUUGUAUCGUUCAAGGGUUUAAUUGUUUCAAAAAGAAUUGAAGAAACUAUUACUACAACACAAAAAGGAGGUCAAGAUAAAACUAUUGUUACCCAUCUUGUUUGUACUGAUCCCAAUUAUCCUGGUAAACACUUCCUUCCCAUUUCAAUUGAAAACUAUUACUAUGGUAUGACUAUUGGUUCAAUAAUUGAAUUUUAUUUCCUUCAAACCAAAUCAACUUUUAGUUUAAUUCAAGAAAAUCUACAAUUUGGCAAUAAAAAUAAUAAUAUUAGUGAUAAACUCAAGAGUAACAAUGGUAAAUCAAAUUACUUGUGUCAUUCAAAUAGAUUCUUUUAUUAUCAAAUUCUUGAAGAAGAAAAGGAUUUCAGUUUAUUUGAUUUUAUACCACCAACCAAAUUAUCAGAUAUAAAUAAGAAAUCAUUAGACCAACAUUAUAGGGUUGUUGCAGAUAUACUUCAAAUCGAAAAGUUAGAAUUAUCAUUCAAGUGUAUAAACUGUUCAAGAGAUUGUAUUGGUUGUGUAUGUAUUCCAAAAGUAUAUGAACAAUUUCUAUUUAAUGGUAUUUUAGAAUGUGAAAUAAAUGAUGGUACAAUUCCAAAAAAGCUAAUAAUUAAAAAAGAUUCAACAAUAUUAAGUAUUUUCAACUUAUCAAAAGAGAUUUUAAAGAAAAUUAAAGAGUUUUCAAUCAAUAAUAAAAUAAUAUUUUCAUAUGAAAAACCAUCAAUGGAAAAAAAAAGGGAAUUUGAAGAGAUUUUAAUAGCAAAAAAUAAUCCUGAAAUUAAUAGCAAAAAAAGAGAUAGAAACGGUGCAGAUCAAAAAGAUUUAGACAGUGAUGGCGAAAUCGAUUUGAAUUUAUCAGCUCCAAUUGUUCCUGAAUCAACCUCGCAAUUUAUUUCAAACUUCCCAAUAUUAAAAGAUAUAUUUUCUAAAAAUAUUCCAACUACCUUAGAGUUUAUUUUAAUGAAGAGCGAUAUAGAAGGUUUGGUUUUAAAAUGCAACGAAAUUAAUUUUAUUAACACAUCAGCAAGAGCAUGGGCGUUAUUAAAACAGGUUAAACAAAUAAAUUAA